UUAUUUGUUAGUCAUUUAUUACAAAAUAAAAUUGAUAAUCGGACAUAAAACUAUAUGUAUACAAAUGUGAUUAAUAAGAAUGUUUUAAUGAUAAGAUAAUACAAUGAGCCCUUAAUGAUAUAUGGUGUACAAAAACCUAUAUAUGUGUAUACAUAUACUUCUUAUACAAACAUAACUGAUAUUUAGUACAAACACUAAUUAUUGUAUUAUAAAGCUGUUUGUAUAGUUGAAAUAGACAUGAUGAAAUUCUGUGUAAGUGAUUGAUUUUAAAUAUUUCAGUCUAUUAUCAAAUGUUUUAAUACAAUACAUUAUGUAGGAAUUAUAACGAUUGAAAAUAACAGUUGUUCUUUUUUGUUUGUUUGUUAUCAUUAUCAUAUUUAGCUUGUUUUACGAUUUUCUGUAAGUUAGUUUAUCUGUUAGUUUAUGAAAACUGAAAUUUAUUUUCAGAAAAGGGGUUUUGUGGAGAUUGUAGUCAUUUAAUGGUUGAAUUCAUGAGUCGAUUAAAGCUAGACCACCAUGGAAAACCUGAAAGCUAGACCAAUUUCAUGAAUUGGUCAAUGUUAGACAUUAACACCGUUGGAUGUUGGCCCAGUGGUCUAGAGGUUGGGCGUUCAGGUUUGAAUUUCUUGGGCGGGAUCGUGGAUGCGCACUUCUGAAGAGUCCCAUACUAGGGUGAAACGGUCAUCCAGUGCUUCCAGGUUUUCUAUGAUGGUCUAGCUUUAUUCGACUCAUGAAUUCAACUAUAAAAUUUAUCUGUUUCACUUUUACAGUAUCAAAUUGGAUUUGAUCAUGUGAAAAUAAAAGAACUUGGUAAUUAUUUUCUUGAUUUUUAAAUUGUAAUCUAUUGAGGAUUGUGUUUUUAAAUGGACUAAUGUAAAACGUUUGUUAAAUGUUGAUGAUGACUUUUUAUGACAGAUAUAUCAAUUCAUUUAAAUUUAAGAAAAUGCACACAAAUUAAUUGAUUUUCUUCGUUGACUGAAGGAGCGACCGAAGCUGCUACCUUGACGCGGUCAUCGGGCUUGCCUAUCGUGAUGACCCAACCGAGCUAUAUUGGCUGGAACAUAUGUUCCUGUAGGUUCUACCAUGCCAGGCAGGUCGAUUGGAGAACGGUAAGACUAAAAGCAGCAACUCAAGGUCUGAGGGCGAAGUCGUACUGCUGACUGUAGAGGGGUGUGACAGUAGUAAUGUGUUUCCCUCGGACAACCAGCAUCUGCAGCAAUGCUGCCUUCUCACAAGGAAGGGUGGGGUUAGAAAAGGUCGACCCUAAGAAUGUCACACCUCACCUUACCUCACGGAUUUCCGUCUCCGGCGGUAAGGCCUUUUGAAGAACGGAGCUAACACGUCAGAAACUUCCCACAAAAAGGCCGUGCGCGACCAGCCUCAAGCAGUUGUCCCUUGGGCUUUGCGGUCAUGCUACCAGGUCGUUAAGACCGACACUAAUCCAAUUUCUUUUUCAGGUUCCUCAAGAAAUACCCUUCCACGAUGUGGGCAGCCGGGAAGUGAUAUCAGCCCUCAUACCCGUAACAGCACACGAGACCAAGUUGGUCACAUUCAAAUAUUUCCUACACCUCCUAAUACCUCUCUUAUCUCCAUGACUAACCCUCCUCACGUCUCUUUAUCACCUCGCACCGCUAGGGCAAACGAUUCGAGUACGCGGAACGCUAUUCCUGAUCUGAAACCACGCUCCAAACUACAUGUAGGAGCUUUUAACGUCCGAACACUGCCAAAUAGGACAGCAGGCUUCCUUAGCUAGGACUUUAGAAUCCCGCCUCAUCGAUGUGUGCUGCGUCUCGGAAACGCGCAUACAGGAUCCGAGUAGCGUCAUUCACUUGAUCUCGCCAUGCCAAAACAAAGAACCGACUCGAUUCACACUUCGCGUAUCUGGAAGCCCUGAUUCUGCUUCCCGUGGCCUCGCCGGCGUAGGUAUAGCAUUGAGUCCUAGGGCAGAACUAGCUCUCUUAGACUGGAUUCCAGUAGACAGUCGUUUGUGCGCUGUCCGACUGAACGGAACAGUAAGGACUCGGAAAGAUAGGGACACUCGUCGUUAUCUCUUCGUCGUCUCUGCCUAUUCUCCCACUGACUGCAGCGCAGAUGAUGUAUAAGAUGAGUUUUACAGAAAGCUCUCCGACCUCCGGAAAGAUAACCGCCUGUUCCUUGCAAAUACUAACUUUAAGCAUAAGCAAAAACAUCUUUUAACAUGGCGACCCCCUAAUUCGUCCCAACGUUGAACCCAAAUAGAUCAAAUCACUAUCAGCCACCGAUGAAGGGGCUCGAUAGAAGACUGUCGCUCAUUCUGGAGCACAUACUUAGAUUCAGAUCAUGUUCUAGUGCGAGCGCGUAUACGUCUGCGUCUUACUGGACGUAGGAAAGACACUGCAAAUAAACCUCUUGGGGCCAUACUUAAUGAUAGUCAAGCUAAGAGUAUAUUUCAGGGACAACUAGGAAAACAGUUAGGCAGCCAUGUAUGUGAUGCCCACCCCGAUACAGCAUGGAAUGAUAUCCGAAAAGCUGUGGAAACAGCAGUGAUAUCUGCUAGUACGGUAACCCGUAAGGUUAGGGAGCAACACUGGAUCUCAGCAGCAUCUAUCGCACUAAUAGAUGCUCGGAAACUCAUUCCAUCUGGCUCUGAACAUAAUGAAGAGCGGAGUCAGCUUAAGCGCAAGCUGAUAAGAAGCCUACGCAAUGAUGGUGAACAGUGGUGGGUAGCGAAGGCAAGAGAGAUGGAGAAGGCAGUGGCAAUAGGUAAUAGCAGACAACUGUUAAGACUUGUUAAGGAAACCGGUAUUAGGAACCCGACUGUUAGCGAAAAUAUCUCCGAAAAAGAGGGACAUAUUAUACAUUUUAAAUUCAGGAGAUUGGAUCGAUGGACAGAACACUUUGAGGUUCAGUUCAACUAGCCUUCAGCCACACUUCUGUUUCCCACGAUCUCUAGUCAACCUGAAUGGCAAGUUAAUGUAGGUCCUCCGACUCUAUAUAAAGUUGAAAAAGCAAUAGGAAAUCUGAAGUGUGGGAGAGCAGCAGGCCCUGACAGGUUUACUCCUGAGAUUUUUAAGGAUGGUGGUUCAAUAUUAGCAGUGAGAUUAACUGAGGUCUUAGGUAGAAUCUGGGAACUGGACGUAAUCCCGUCUGAAUGGUCUCAACCACUGAUUGUGCCAGUCUAUAAGAAAGGACAAAUGUCCUCUUGUGACAAUCACAGAGGAAUCAGUUUGACAAAUAUAGUGUCUAAAAUAUUAACUUCAAUAAUACUUCGACGCCUAACUGAAGCUCGUGAAGAGCAGGCUGGUUUUCGACCUGGACGUGGUUGUAUAGAUCAGAUAUUCACACUACAUCAGGUUCUAGAACACAGACACACAUUCAGACGCCCCACAAUGGUAAUAUUUCUCGACCUUAAGGCGGAAUUCGACUCUGUUGAUCGUAAGGUUCUAUGGCAGUGUUUGUCAUUGAAAGGAGUACCAAAGAAGUACAUUAACCUUGUAAAGGCUCUCUACUCGAACACAACUGGUCGAGUGAGAGCUUAUGGCGAACUGUCAUCAGAAUUGAACACCUCAAGUGGUGUUCGUCAGGGUUGUUCACUCUCUCCAUUCUUGUUUAACUUUGUCGUUGACGUGCUUUUAGAGAUAACACCUUCCUCAUCUAAAUUUCUAGGGGUUGAACUUCUACCAGGAGAUUCCCUUUUUGACCUAGAAUAUGCUGAUGACACAGUUCUAUUUUGUGAAGACGCUGACAAAAUGCAGAGUCUUCUGCCCACUAUAAGCAACAAUGCAAGCAUGUUCGGGAUGCGAUUCUCCCUCUCGAAAUGAAAAAUAUUACUCCAGGAUUGGGUAGCAUCGACACCCGAACUAAUGAUAGGGAGUGAAGCAGUUGAGCGUGUCGACCGCUUCAAUUAUCUUGGAAGUCUCAUCAGCCCUUGUGGUCUGGUGUGUGACGAAAUCUCAGCACGGACACAAAAGGCUCGACUAGCUUUUGCCAACCUGCGUCAUUUAUGGCGUGGGCGAAAUAUCCAUCUACCAACCGAAGGACGGGUUUACUGUGCAGUAGUUCAUUCCGUCCUACUUUAUUGCAGUGAAACAUGGCCGGUAAGAGUAGAGGACAUUCAUAGGUUACUAGUAUUUGAUCAUAGGCGUCUUCGAAACAUUGCUUGUAUAUUCUGGGACUAUCGAGUAAGUAACGCAGUUGUAAGGAAACGGGUACUAGGUAAGGAUGGCAAACCAAUUGAUGAAGUAAUGAAACUUCAUCAGUUGAGAUGGCUGGGACACGUGUUACGUAUGUCCAACGACCAACCGCCCCGACGAGCGAUAUUUUGUGGUGUAGGAGUAGGUUGGAAGAAAGCUAGGGGAGGUCAGACCAAAACAUGGCACAAACCUAUGAAGUCACUGACAAGUGGACUGAGCCAUAUUUAUAGGUGUAGACUACCUGGUUGGGAUCUGAGAGACGAUAGCAACCGAUGGUUAGAGACCCUGAAUGACAUGACUCAAAAUCGUUUGCAAUGGUGCAGGUGCAUCCACUCUUUAUGUUCUCCCAAAUUCUAAUCUUCUGAAUUUAUCAUGUCCCUUUUCUUUUCCUCUUUCCAAACUUAUUUCACUGGAUUAUACUCGUUGAAUAACAUCUUUAAAUCAUAAUCUUUCCGAUUACUGCUUAUACUCUUACUACCUCUACCACUGUGGGGUUUGAAUCGACAACUGCAUCUCUGUGUUAAGGUAAAGGGCAACUCGAACCGAUGUGUGUACGUACGAAGUUCUACGUUGUUACUGACUGACUGACUGGAGUAGAAGUAAAUCAGUUGAGUUUCGACUAUUUAAUAGAAGAAAUUGGACAACUACACCAGUCUUUACACGAAUGAUAUGACUGUCGAGUCACAUUUACUAGUGUUUUAAUUUGUUAUCUCAUUACAUACCAGAACUGUGUGUAAGAAAAUUUCAUUACAGAAGUUUCAAUAGUAGUUGUAAAUAAUAAUUGAAAAUCCUUAAUCAACCUAACUAAACAGAUUUUUAACUAUAUACCAAAUCGGACAUUGUUAAAGCGUUUCUGUUAUAGAAAUAUGUGUUAAUGUCUAAAUUCAACCAAUCCACGAAAUUGAGCAACAUAUCCGUCAUUGUCUUCAAUGAGUUACUAUCUCACGACACACCUGCUUGAACUCCACUGGUCGCUACUUCUCACUAGAACUCCAGGAAAUACCUCUUGAAGCCAGUCACUAAUGAGCAUAUGUUGAUUCAUAACAGAAGGGUUUUUUUGUGGAUAUUAUAGUAAUUUCAUUGGUUGAGAUCAUGAGUCAGUUGAAGCUAGACCAUCAUGGAAAACCUGGAUGGUCGUUUCGUCUUAAUGUGGGACUCCUCAGCCGAUAGUUAGAACAAAAUAAUCAAAAUAAAAUUCACUAUUCUGUAUAAUUUAAGAAUAUAAUGUCAUUAUUCGAAAAAAAUUUCUAAAUAGUAUUAUUCCAAAUCAAUAAUACGAAAGAGCAAAUACAAUUGCUCUCAAACUAAUCAUGAAAGCAUUUACACCAAUCAUGUAUUGCCGGUAGUGUUGAAAAUCACUGUGCUCUUAAUAUUUUUUUCCGUACGUUGUAAACAAUAUGCUUCAAUGAAUAUUUUCUUAAUGUGUUUAUGGGCAUGUGAGUACGCUUAUAGAUGUAGGCAUUCACCCAAGCAUAAUAGAAUUUUUUUUAGUUUUUACCCAUAUGCAUUAGUGACUAUUGUUUUUGGACAAAUUUCAUAUAGUUGUUUAGAAAAAGCAGUGAGGUAAGGUGAUGGAAGAGAUUAAGUUUAGUCAACAACUCGAAGAAGCUUCUAUUAUGUUGAAAAAAAAUUAGAGUUUGAAUAAAAUUUCGUAAGAACUUUAAAGUUUCGAAGCUGAUUGUAUUCUUAUUAUUUCAUGUAACUGACGCCAAGUAUAAUAAUAAUAAUCCAACUUUAUAUACAUGUCUUUACAUUUAUGUGUAAAGUUCCACACAUAAAUUAAGUUGUUAUUUUAUUUGGAGUGCUUUAUUUUAGAAAACAACCGUUAUCUGAUUAAUAGAUAAUCCCCACUCAGCUUUACUAUUGUUAUGUAAUGUUAUAGUACUUGCUUAUGUAGUAUAGGGAAGGAGGGUUAAAUAACCAUUCAAUUAUUCUUGAGUAGGUUUUGGUUGAUUCCUAGAAUUUAUCUUCAUAUAUGAAAUCCCUGAUAAUCAAUAUUAUAUAUGUAUAUAUUCCAGGAAUUACUUGUUUGAUUGUCCGUUCAAAUUCUUUUUUACUCAAGUCAUAAUUAAUAUAAAUACUGUUUAUCUGACCAAAAUAGAACAAAUAGGAAGUAAUAAGGCAAAUUUUUCUUUAGACAGUCUGAAAAAAUGAACAAACUGAAAGAGUAUUUCCUGUUAUUUACCUUUCAUCAUGACUUUGCUAUAGUAUGUUUCUUUUAAAUGAUAGUAUAAUCCAUACCAAACACUUAGUGGUGUUUCAUAUAACCACAUUACAAAUAUAAACUGGAUUAUAACAUUAUUGUGUAAUGUUGUAACUGGUCGCAUAGAUUUUUAUGUAUGUGGUUGUAACACGAUUCAAAGUCAUUGAAACUAAUUAAACUUUUAGUGAUGGUUGAUUGAAGAAAGUGCGAAUGAUUUUUUCGGAGGAAUAAUUAAACAAAUGAGGAAAGUAAUAAAGAAUGGUCAACGAAGUGAUUACGAAACAAUCUUAAUGAUAUCGAUGAUAAUAAUAAUAAUAAUAAUAUUUGAUAAUGAGACUAUAAUAGUAUCUAAAAGUAUUAAUUAGUAAACCAGUUGAAACAUGGAAUUAUGGAGUUUAUAAAUUAUGUAAUAACUAGUGAAAAAAUUUAGAUUUCCUUUAUUACAAACUGAAUAUGAGUAAACCGAACACUUCAAUAGCGUGCGAAAGAUGUACACAUGGGCCAUACAGUAAAUUUGAUGGAAUUUAAUAGAUGACUCUUGAGACCUUGUUUCAGUUCACUUGAUCACCUAAGUUAAUCAAGUGUGGAGUUAUGGAGCUCUUAUUUAUACUUUAAGAGACCAGAUAGACUGGUGAGCUGAUGAACUUACCUAAUUGUAACUAUACUGUAACUAUCUUUACAAGAGCAGUUGAAUUGGUAAAUUAAGUUCCAGGUAGUUUAUCAUUAUUCCUGGUUUUUAUUUGUUAGAUUGUGAAAUGAAUGUUAAUGAAAUAAAAGCAAUCUA